GUAUACCUACUCGCUAUAGUCUUCUAUAUAGUACGUUGACUCGAGAGAGAGAAAGAGAGAGAGAGUGAGUGAGAUAGAAAACGCGCGUCCUUGUCGUGAACGUCGACACACUGCAUCGCGACAGAACACAUCGGUCCAUCGAGACGAAGACGAGAACUCGAAGAAACUAAAGGAAAAAGGAAGAGAGAGAGAAAGAAAUAGGAAGACAUUUGGCUGUUGCUAAGCGCUACUUUUACUACUUCCGGUAUUUCUGGUAUCUUCAGCAGGGAUAACAAGACGCGUUCUGGCCUUCACCCAGGUCCAAGAAGAUACAAUUGAAGGAAAGAAAGGACGAAAGUGAAAGACUGAUUUUAAUGAUCGUUCCAUCCAUGACCGUCUAAAGUUUCUAGAAUAUACUAGAAUUGAAUCACCGAGCCAUAUCUAAAUUGAAGAUAUACAAAGAAUCUCGUUUGAAAACACGAUCGAAACAUUACUUUAACCAAUCAUACGAAAAAUUCUUUGAUCAAUGUAUGUGCCUGUAUUUUAAAUAACCGUCCCCAUCGAUCAAUACGUUUCUUUUUGAAAAAAUAAAAGAUAAGUGAUACGAAUAGUAAGAAGACUGAUAAGAAAAAAGAGACUAAAUAAAUCGUCGAAAAAUCGUUCGUAAUUUUAUUCGUGAUAACAGUGUUGUGCUACUAUUUACUAUUACUGAGGACUCCGUGAUUAGUGGUGGGUGAUGAUAAGUGACCCCACCGUUUCGAAUGAAGUGGUUUUAGGAUGAUGGUGGAGCGUGUCGAGGAUCACCUCUUCAUGUAUCGACGCCCCGUCUAUCGGGUCUUCCAGUACCUCGAAACCACCGACCAUGAGGGGAUGAGCACUGGGACAGGAGAUGGAGGUGGAAGCGGAGGUGGUGGUGUGCAGGGUGGGGGAGGUGGAAGAAAUACUCCACCUCAUGGAUCGCCCACCCCCAUGGACAAGGCCACCUUGAAGGUCCACUUACCCAACGGUGGUUUUAAUGUCGUCAAAUUUGGUGAUGCUAUUGACGUGAAAGGAAUCAUCUCGUUAGUAACCAGCCGACUUGCCGUUGGUAACAGGUAUUAUCGAAAUCUCUAUGCCAUGAGAUUGCAUCAUCCAGGAUCUGGUGAGAGUUACUGGUUGCAUCAAGACACCACAAUGUAUCAGGUUCAAGAAAAAUAUGAAAAGAAACAUCCUCAUUGUGAAUGGAGGUACGAACUCAGAGUACGAUAUCUACCACAAAAUCUAAAUGAUCUCUAUGAAAAAGACAAAGUCACGUUCUACUAUUAUUACGAUCAGGUACGAAACGACUACCUGUAUGCAAAUCAUUCUGCACUGGACCAAGACGUAGCGGUUCAAUUAUGUUGCUUAGAGAUACGCUAUUUCUUCAAAGACAUGCCACAAAUGGCUCUUGACAAGAAAAGCAAUUUGGAAUACUUAGAAAGAGAGGUUGGCUUACACAAAUUUCUUCCACGGUCCGUAUUAAACGGAAUGAAGCCAAAGGCACUUAGAAAGCUGAUACAACAACAUUUCAAGAAAGUAGCCGCUCUUUCAGAAUUAGAAUGCAUGUUCAAGUUCUUUGACUUGCUUAGGGCACAUUAUAGAUUCGACCAGGAAAGAUUCAUUUGUGCAUUGGGGUCAAGCUGGUCCAUUCCUGUUGAACUAGUCAUAGGUCCUGAUCUCGGCAUAUCUUAUAUGGCUCAUCGAGGUGGAACAGUGCCGACUAGAAUGACAGAGUUCUCGCAAAUACAAUCAAUUCAAACGUUGGUUUCUGACUGCAAAGAACAUGCCAAAGCAUGCAUCAAAUUGAGAGUCGCUGGAGCAACCGAGACGCUGAGUAUAACUUGUUCAAGUUUGGACCAAGCAGAAAGUCUUGCUGACUUGAUAGACGGUUAUUGUAGACUAGUGACUGGCAGUAAUACUUCUUUAUGGAAUCGGAAAGCUGCAUCGUGGAAAAAUUAUCCCUGUCCAUGCAAAGAUGCACAUCCUCCAAAGUAUAGACAAGAUGGUUUCAACAGUCCAGAAAAAAAUGUGAGCAAAACGGGAACAAUUUUGUCCGAAGAUUAUGCGGAGAUCGUAGACGAGGAAGGAGAUUAUUCUACUCCAGCAACACGUGAUUAUGAAAUAGUUCGUAAUCAAGUAGAACUGGGUGAAAUUAUAGGAGAAGGUCAAUUUGGUAAUGUUCACAAAGGAUCGUAUAAAGGUAGAGAUGGACAAACUAUAGCUGUUGCUGUAAAAACGUGUAAAGUUGAUGCUGACCUUGCUACUGCUGAAAAAUUCCUCGAAGAAGCCUACAUCAUGCAACAAUUUGAACACCCUCAUAUAAUUAGACUCAUUGGAGUAUGUUCCGAACCGCCAAUCUGGUUGGUUAUGGAAUUGGCGAGACUCGGAGAAAUGCGUGCAUAUCUUCAGUCUAACAAACAUCGAUUAGAUCUUGCAACUCUUUUACUCUACACAUUCCAACUAAGUACUGCUUUAUCGUACCUUGAGAGUAAAAAAUUUGUGCACAGAGAUAUUGCAGCUAGAAAUGUAUUAGUUUCUUCGCAUAAUUGUGUCAAGCUAGCAGACUUUGGACUGAGUCGAUGGGUGGAAGAUCAAAGUUAUUAUACUGCAAGUAAAUGUAAAUUACCGAUCAAAUGGAUGGCUCCAGAAAGUAUAAACUUUCGAAGAUUUACCACUUCGUCUGACGUUUGGAUGUUCGGUGUUUGUAUGUGGGAGAUAUUAAUGUUAGGUGUAAAACCAUUCCAAGGUGUAAAAAAUAAUGAAGUCAUUCGUAAACUAGAAAAUGGUGAAAGACUAGCGCUUCCUAAUCACUGCCCACCACGCUUAUAUUCCUUGAUGUCUCAGUGUUGGAGUUAUGAACCUAGCAAACGACCAACGUUCAAAGAAAUUAGAGAAACUUUGCAUGAAAUUUUGUUAGAAGAGAAGCAUCAACAACAAGAGACUAUGAGACGAGAAAAUAGAAGAGUACAAGCCAUGUCUUGGGGUGCAGACGAAGUUCCACCUCCGAAACCUUCCAGACAACCACAAAAUACAGCAGCAGACUCAGCACAAUUAACAGCAGCUGCGCCUGUCUCUACUUAUAUUGUAGCACAGAGUCCGGAAGUUCUUGCUCAACUUCUUAAGGAUAAUCAAACUAGGGGGGUAUGUCCCUCUGUCUACACUACUCCUGCCUCUCCAUUUAACACACUCGCUGUACAAUUUCAAGACGAAGAUCAAGUCUUGACUACUGCCGUUGUCUCAGAUUUACCCUUUUUCGACCCAGCGAUUUCCGAGCCUACUGCUUCUCAUGACACACAGUCAGGAGACUCAACUUUGUCCGACACUAAUCUAGAUUCUCUAGACUCCUCAGACACUGUUUCUCCCCUCAUGUCGAGUCUCAAUAUUUCAGACACAGCGCAGACACAAUCGCCAGCUGCCGGUAGAAAACAACAAAAGGUUAAAGAGAUGCAAAACUUAUAUGCAGUAAGCUCAAAGGUCGUCAGUAAUAUCACGGGAGAUUUAUAUUCGCCUGUGCAGAAAUUUUCAGUAUCCAAUCCGAUACCCAUUACGACUACUGCUUGCGGUGAAAUAUAUGGUCCUGUGGCUAAUUUUACACAAAGUUCGGCUAUUGUAGGUAAUCUCAGUCAAAGUCCAAGCGUAGGUGGUAACUUUGGUGAAAAUCCAGGCAAUUUUGGCCCUAGCAGCUUAAAUAAUCAAACUCAGUUUGUGAGUGGCACGCAUGCUCAAUCAUCUAAUCUUGGUCAGCACUCCACUAAUAUCACAAGCCAAGCAUAUGCAAGUGGUCAACAACCCAUAAUUCCUAGUAGUUCAUCUACUUCAAACGCUGUUACCGCUACAGGAUCUCCUCGUAUUAAUGCAGUUAAUGUUCCAAUAUCCACUGCCAAUGCGGAAUGUUUGUAUGGCCCUGUUUUAAAAUUCCGAGCACAAAGUACUCAGAGUCAAAGUGGUGGAGAUAUGACAUCCGUUAGUUCAGCUACAUCGUUUGUUCCAAGUGGAAGAAGUCAAUUAGUUUAUAGUCCAACACCAGUUCAAAACUUACAAUCUCAACCACUUUAUCCCCAAAACUAUCAACAUCAACAAAUAUAUUCUAAUGUUAAUCAAAUGGGGCAACAACACAUGUAUAUUCCGCGAGCGCAACAAGCACAAAAUAUUCAACGCCAACCUCUUUUACAACCACAAUCUCUUUCUUACACAUCAUCGCAAUAUACGAUGCAACAGAACCAAACAAGCAGUGCCAAUCCAAUAUACACAGCCCAUGCUACAUCCGUUACGGUUGUUCAAGCACAAAAGGUGCAAAUGCCAAAUUAUAUACCGCAAGUGCAAAGUGGAAUAGCAAAUAACCAAUCGCCAGCAUCCCUGAACGUUACCGCAAACCAGCAUCAAUCAUUUGGAGUAACUCAAGCUCAUGGCAUUCAGUCUCGCAUUGCUGCACCAGGUGUCAUGAUUCAACAAAGUAGCCAACAGCACACUCAGUCACAUGUUCCUAACUUCAUCUUAGGUCAACAUUCUGGUUUUAAUGCUCCUACGGAACAAACGCAAGUUCAGUACAGUGCUACAGGUUUCUCAACACAGCAACAAGUGAUAAACGCGGUUGACGUAAAACAACAAAUAGCUCAAAUGGCGCCAACGAUUGCUAAAUCAUGCACACCUCAAAUAGCAACUGGCAUAGCGAAAAUCACUACAUUCGUAACAUCAAAACAAGAUGAACCACUGACAAGUUCUACAGACGGUACUCUAUCUGGAUCACUUAUAUCUUCUGCUGUCAGCGACAGCACUAUUUCAUCUAGCAGCUCAAUGACAGAGGAGGCACAGCAAGAUCAGAGAGGUGCACAAUCUCAGAUAUUUGACAGUGGUGCUGAUAGCUUCAUUGGUGGUAUAGAUGACGAACAAAAGUUAUUAGAACAGCGACUUUUGGAACAGCAACGGCAAUCUGAAGAAGAUAGUCGCUGGUUAGCGAGAGAAGAGAAACGUUUGUCAAUUGCAACAAGUGGAGAUGAAAGUGCUAGUCCACCUAUUCCUCGUUCAGCCACACAAUCCCCAAAUCAUGAACCUCAUACCGCGAAUACAGGAUCUCUUGGUUCAGAUAAAGGACCCGAAAAAGAAAAGGAAAAAGUAAUAGUUGUAAAGAAAAUGGAACCAACACCAACAGCAGAUUUGGAUAGAACUAAUGACAAAGUAUAUGAUUGUACGACUAGCGUAGUUCGGGCAGUAAUGUCUCUAUCGCAAGGCGUUCAACAGAGUAAAGCCGAUCAGUAUUUAGAAUUAGUAAGAAGAGUAGGCAUGGAAUUAAGAGCUUUACUCUCCUCUGUUGAUGCUCUUGUAGAAAUAUUACCUAUAUCCGCGCACAGAGAAGUAGAAAUGGCACAUAAGGUUUUAAGUAAAGAUAUGGCUGAACUUGUAACGGCUAUGAAAUUAGCACAAAAUUAUAGUGCUACCACGUUAGAUGCAGAAUAUCGAAAGGGAAUGCUUUCUGCAGCUCAUAUUUUAGCGAUGGAUGCAAAAAACCUCUUAGAUGUAAUCGACUCUAUUCGUAUUCGAUAUCCAUACGUGGAUAAUCAAAUUUGUCAAAAGCAAAAUGAUCAGAAUACAUCACGAGACUCAACACCAGAACAUUGCAUUCGAUCGAGCCAAUCUGGUGAACAUUUUUUAAGAAGAAGCCAGUCUAGUGAAAGGCAAGCAACAACAUUCAGACAAAGCCAAAGUGGAGAUCUUCUACAUCGAAUGGGUCAAUCAGUUGACCGUUCUUUGCAGGGAAGUCAAACUGAUGUUAGCAGUGGAGCUAGUUUAGAGAGGAGGCAUCACAUCGUAACAAAUAGUCUUGAACGUAAUUCAACAAGUAGAAGACAAAUGGCAACCAAUAGCUUAGAAAGAAAAAGGCCAUCAUUAUCUUGUAAUAUGGGUCCUAUGAAUAAUUCCGUUAAUCUCCCGCCGAUAGUACCAGUAACAUGCAAUUUGGUUCAGACAGUGGGACCUGUUAUUCAUCCGAGUCAGUCAGUCGCGAUGGGUGUUAGUCAACAGUCAGUAUUCACUGCUAAUAAAUCUUCAAAUGAAACACCUGCCAGUGACAGCUAACAAGAUGCCUUUCAUUGAGGGAUACUUUGGAAUACUACUUAGAUCGUAUGUAAAUAGACGAUAAUGUAUGAGUUACCUGUGUAUGUCCCAUGAAUAUAUCGACAACAGGACAUCUAGUAUUUGUGCUUUUUAGCUCUUUUUAAUAUUUAUAUAUACAGACACUUUGUCCAGGCGUACUUAUAGAUAGGACAGUAUUCACCAGAUAUAGAUGUAGUAAAUUAGAUAAUUUAAGUCACAACUAUAAAGAAUCAACUCCAAAGUUUUAGAAUUAAAGUUACUAUUUGUUAUGGCAAAUACGUGUAUAUAUGAGGUGAUGCAAAAGAUAUGUGUGCUCAAUAAAAACUGCGAUUAUUCAAGAACACAUAAUAGAUACACCUGUAGCAAGUAUAUCUGCCCUGCUUUUUACAAUUUUUUCUAAAGCUUAAUAAAAACAAAACAUAAAUGUUCAGAUAAUGUUGCAACAUUGUUAUUUGCAUGGCUCAUAGUUCAGGUAAUUGUUUGUCUUAUUGCAUCACCUCAUUGGUAGUUGAAUAUUGCAUAUAUCGUGCAAAGGUUUGGUUUCUCGUCAGACACAAUGUUGCCACGUUGUUUUUAAUACAAGUUCAUAAUUUGAUAGUCUAUUUCCUACAUAUAGAAGUACUAUGGGGAAUAAUUAUAAUGUAAAAAAUGGGACUGAACGUUAUUUUUAUUAGCAAAUUAUUUAAUGAUUCAUACCAGUUUGCAACGUUUGUACAAGAUGUUUUAUAAAAAGCGAAUCUCGUUCUCCGACAGUAAGUCAGUUCCUACAAAAUAUUUUUAGGCAAUAUCAUCCUUUCACAGUGAUACUGCUAAUAGCUUUUUAAUGCGAUUGGCAGUAACAUUUACAUUAGUGUGUUUGAUGCUUUUUAUAAAGCAUCACCAAAUAUUCUACGAAUAAAUAGCACUUCUUUUCCAUAUAUAACAUAUUCCUUCAUUAAGUUCCUGGGAAAUUCAAAAUUUUAUUUAGGCAGCAUUCUUUAAUGAAUGUAUUAAUAAAUAACAUCAAUACCAUCAUACAUACUCAUACACAUCAUAUUAUCAUAUUCGCACAUGAUAAAAAACUUUGAACUCUGUGCUACAAUUUUUCUUAUUUCAAAAGAUCGUAUUCAUGGCUUUAAAGCUUUGAUGUGCCAAGGUGUAUUUAUGUACUCAA